UUUUUUCAAACCAUAAAUUAACUGUUAAUUAACGGUUAAUUGUUCCCUGCGGAUCUUUGGACGGUACCGGCAGGAGGCUCAUCUUAUCGGGAAAGGGGUCCCUCGUUCAAAUGUUGGACCGGUUCCAAUCUAGGCUAAUCCCGUGCCUAACGCUGAUCACGAUCGACUCUUUGCAUCACUAAUCAUCAUACCUACCACCGCCAUACACCAACGACUAUUCACUUAGUUUUACUGCUUUUAGCUACAGUACUUCUUUCUUUUUGGUACACACGAUAUGUAUCGUUGGACUUGUCGAUAGAUCUCACAUUUUCACCACAAGCUUAAUUAAUAGACCAAACGAACAACAUGGCUGCUAAGAUCAGUCUUCCCAUCACGGAAGAGAAACGGCCGAUGCAAUGCCGCGCCCGACGUCGAUGCCGGCCACUCCUACUAUCAGCCCUCAUCGCCACAGUCCUCUAUGCAGUGUGCAACCUCCGAGUCAUAUCGUCUUAUGCCGUUCUUUUCGUUCCAGAGUCAGCCCAGUCGCAUCUAUCCCCGACGACCGACCGACCUAUAUCGGUAGACCGAGAGCUCGUUCCGCUCGAAGCACAUAUCAUGAGCAAAUGUCCCGACGCUAGGGACUGUCUUAAAGACCUUGUGCUUCCUGCUAUGAUGCGUGUGUAUGAAAAAGUCAACUUUACCUUAUCGUACAUUGGGACACCCACAGAAAACGACGGUGUAGACUGCAAACAUGGCCCUGGAGAAUGUAUGGGAAAUAUUAUCGAACUAUGCGCGCAUCAUCUAUAUCCGGAUCCCAAGAUCUACCUCGGCUUCACCAUGUGCUUGACGAAAGACUACAAGAUGAUUCCGCAGCGGGAGCUAGUCGAGGACUGCGCUCUGGAACAUGCUAUUGACUUUGAGAAAUUGAACGAAUGCGCUACUAAGGAUAACGGGGCCUACGGUAUAGAACUGUUGAGACAAAGCGUAGCAAGGACCUCUAGCGUAAGUUUCACGGAAAUUAUGAAAAUCGAAAUCAAAGAGGAUAUUUCUAACUGAUCCAUUUAUUUAGGCGGGCGUUACCAAGAGCUGCACGGUCCGAUUGAACGAGGAAGUAUAU